GUUCUCUGAUUUGUUUGAUGACUACUUAACUUCUAUAAGCCCCACCCACUGUUUUUAUAUAAAGUUGAAGUAGAACGUGAAGCUCACACUAAACACUCAAGACGUCCAUUUGGUGAAAUGGUUGUUCUGAUCAAACCAAGUCCUCAGCUGGGCAGCAAAGCAAUGGAUGGAAAUCAGCACAAAGUUGAGGCCAAUGUUCUGCUGCUCGGAGCAGAAAAUGUUGGGAAGUCAGCCCUCACUGUGCGAUUUAUCACCAGAAGGUUCAUCGGAGAAUAUGGGGAUAUCGAAUCAAUAUACAGUCAUAUUGACAAAACAGAUGGGCGAGAGAUAGCCUUAAACAUCUGGGACUCACUGUAUCCACAGAGCUGCGAAACAACUGAAUCCAUCAGUGACAAGCAGCUGCAGUGGGCAGACGGUGUGAUCCUGGUCUACAGCAUCUGCGAUCGCUCCAGCUUUGAGGUGGUCCGGCAACAGGUGCAGCUCAUCCGGCAGACUAGGAAGCUGUCCGCAUCUGUCCCGAUCAUCAUCGUGGGGAACAAGCGAGACCUGCUGCAUCAGAGAGCUGUGUCGAGUGAGGAGGGCAGACUGUUCGCCCUCUCGGCAGACUGCGGCUUCUUCGAGAUCUCGGCGGCUGAAACCUACCACGGUGUGCUGCUGGUUUUUCACGAAAUCCUGGACCUCAUCAAGGAGUCCAGAGCACUUAAAAAGGGGAUGGUCGGAAUCAAAGGUAUAGUCAGAAGCGUGUCCGCAGUGUUUGGAAAGAAACGAGAGUGAAGAACUGUCGAAGAUGAUGAGCAAGAUGAAGAUACGAGGCCCCUGGCAGCCUAGCAUCUAAAUAGCUGAGAAGAGGACCCUGGCUGAUGGGUUUUUGGGGCCGAAGGGAGUCACUUUCGCCUUGUUAACCUUCAUGGAUGGUGGAAGGAAAAAGAAUAAGAGAGCAUGUUAGAAGUUCAGAGCCCAGAUUUAUGGUGAAUAAAAGUAGAUGAAGUUUGUUACAGCAAGGGGAUAAAAGAUGUGCUGAAG